UCCUGGAGGGGUGGUGUUCGGGGGAGCCCUGGGGGCCCCCUGCCCAGACUGCCUCACCAGGGGCAUUGGGACAGAGUAUCCCCAGCGCCGCAGGUGGGGGACCUUGGGGUCCCUAUCACUGAUGCCGUGGGUUGGGGGUGUGUUGAGGGGGGAACGGCUGGGUGCUGGGAGGACACCGGGAGGGGUGGCUGGUCCUGGGAGGUCAGCAGGGUGGGCAAGGGUGUGCAGGGCCCCUCGGGUGUCGCUCUGGGUGGUGUGGGGCACACAGACGUCGGCCUCACCGCCCUCUCCCCUGUCCCGGCGGUGCCAGCUGGGGGGCUGCGGCAUCCUCGGGGUUGGCAUCUGGCUGGCUGCCACGCAGGGGAACUUUGCUACCCUGUCCUCCUCCUUCCCGUCCCUGUCGGCUGCCAACCUGCUCAUCGUGACCGGCACCUUCGUCAUGGCCAUCGGCUUCGUGGGCUGCAUCGGGGCCAUCAAGGAGAACAAGUGCCUGCUGCUCACCUUCUUUGUGCUGCUGCUGCUGGUGUUCCUGCUGGAGGCCACCAUCACCAUCCUCUUCUUCGCCUACACUGACAAGAUCGACAGGUACGCCCAGCGAGACCUUAAGAAGGGUCUGCACCUGUAUGGCACCCCAGGAAACGUGGGCCUCACUAAUGCCUGGAGCAUCAUCCAGACCGAUUUCCGCUGCUGUGGGGUCUCCAACUACACCGACUGGUUCGAGGUCUAUAAUGCCACCCGUGUGCCCGACUCCUGCUGCCUGGAGUUCAGUGACAGCUGUGGACUCCACGCACCUGGCACCUGGUGGAAGGCGCCGUGUUACGAGACCGUAAAGAUGUGGCUCCAGGAGAACCUCCUGGCUGUGGGUAUCUUCGGGCUGUGCACGGCACUGGUACAGAUCCUGGGUCUCACCUUCGCCAUGACCAUGUACUGCCAGGUGGUGAAGGCUGAUACCUACUGUGCGUAGGCUCCGCUCCUGCCACCCCCGCCCCCCACCUCGCUGCCGAAGGAUGUAGCCCACCUGCCUCUCCCUGCUGCAGGACUCAGCACCAUCCUGGGCACAGGGAAGGGGACCCUCAGCUAGCCCCGUGAGCACCGUGCUGCAGCAGGGCAGCAGGCGCGGGGCUGGGGGUGGGAGGGGCUUCUGGCGCUUCUCGGAUCCGUGUGUCCUGCAGAGCAGUGUUUUCCCCCAGGGCUGGGGCCAUUCGCGGGGGGGGGGGGGGGGGGGGGCUGAAGGGCCGCCCGCUGGUCCUGGUGCUCAUGGCGGACAGCCCCGCCAACCACAUUCCACAGCGGAGCCAGGGCGGGCUCUGGGAUGUCUUAAUAAAGCGCGUGGACAGCA